AUGAUAAUACAACAAUUUAUUUUUAGUAUGUAUGAAAAAAUAAUUUCUCAUUUGAAUAUUGAUGAAAUUGCAACAAAUUUUCCACAAGGACUAUACGAUUCACGUUGGUGGAGUAUAGAAUCAUAUUAUGAAGAAUUAAGUGCUAAUCGUGGUAUUGGUUUAGGUAUUGUCAAACAACUUGUUUCAAAUCCAUCAUCUAUUGAAUUCAUUUUUGCCGGUUACCGUGAUGCUAAUAAAUCUAAAGAAUUGUUAGAUUUAGCAAAACAGCAUUCAAAUAUUAUUAUUCCAAUUCAAAUUGAUGUCAAUGAUGAUGAAAGUUGUAAUAAAGCAAAAGGUGAAGUUGAAAAUAAAUUAGGUAAUAGUCAAGGUCUCAACUGUUUAUUAAAUAAUGCUGGCGUAAAUAAAGAUCUAAAAUUUAAUGAUAUCAAUGAACAAGAUAUGCUUGAUACAUACAAACAGAAUGUUAUUGGACCAUGGCGAGUAACAAAGACAUUUUUACCCCUUGUGGAAAAAGCAGUUAGUGGAGAACGAAAUGUUCUUCAAGCAAGUAUUAUCAAUGUAUCAAGUGCAGCACUUAAUAUGUUUACUGUCUGUUUUGCAGAAACUUUAGCUAAAUCAAAUAUUUAUAUUGCUUUACUUCACCCAGGAUGGGUGAAAACUGAUAUGGGUGGUGCACAGGCUCCAUUAACAACUGAAAAAGCAUGUAAAAAUAUUGUUGAAUGUAUAAAUUCAAUGAAGGAUGAACAUUAUGGAAAAUUAAUUGAUUCUACCUCUGGGAGCUCAUGUGCUAUACUUCCAUUUUAA